AUAUGGAAACUUCUCCGUCUUUAUAAGAAUAGCACAUUUCACAAAAGCUAAUCUCAGCACUCAAGAAGAAAACAAAAAAAACCUAUGAAAAUGGGUCGUUUCGAAGGAUUUUAUCUUAGUGUUGUUCUGAACAGCUUCUUGUUGUUCUGUCAUGGUGGCACAACAAGUAGAUAUGUCAGGAGGUUAGAGGCAACGGCUGAUAUGCCACUCGAUAGUGAUGUAUUUUGUGUUCCUCCUGGUUGCAAUGCACCUCAACAGUGCACAUUACACAAGGAGACCUUGAAGGAAAGGCAUUGAUAGUUUCUUGGGUGACACAAAAAGCACGAGGAUCUAACUUGGUUCUUUACUGGAAAGAGCAUAGCAACAAAAUGCUAAAAGCCCAUGGCAAAUCCAAGAAUAUGACACCAAGUACUACUAUAUGGUAGGUGUGGGACAAACCGAACGCACGUUCUGGUUCCUCACUCCUCCUAAACCUGGUCCUGACGUUCCCUACACGGUUGGUCUUAUUGGGGAACUUGGGCAGAGUUUUGACUCUAACAUAACCUUAACACAUUAUGAGAAUAACCCAUUGAAAGGUCAAACAAUUUUGUUUGUUGGGGAUUUCUCAUACGCUGACACAUACCCGAACCAUGACAAUAAUAGAUGGGACAUUUGGGGAAGAUUUGUUGAAAGAAGCACAGCAUAUCAGCCCUGGAUUUGGACCGUAGGAAACCAUGAACUUGAUUUUGCCCCCCAGACUGGAGAAACCAAACCAUUUCAGCCAUUCAAGCAUAGGUACCGUACUCCUCACCGAUCAUCAGGCAGCACAGAACCAUUCUGGUACUCUAUAAAGAGAGGUCCAGCUUACAUAAUCGUGCUGGCUUCAUAUUCAGCAUACGGUAAAUACACGCCGCAGUACAUGUGGCUUGAACAAGAAUUCCCAAAGGUUAACAAAACAGAAACGCCAUGGUUGAUUGUUCUGAUGCAUUCAACGUGGUACAACAGCUACGAUUACCAUUACAUGGAAGGAGAAACCAUGAGAGCGAUGUAUGAGCUAUGGUUCAUCAAGAACAAAGUAGAUGUUAUUUUUGCGGGUCACGUCCAUGGCGAAAGAUCAGAAUGUAUAUCCAACAUUGCGUACAAUUUGGUUAAUGGAAUUUGCAGUCCAGUGAAAGAUCUAUCUGCUCCUGUAUAUAUCACCAUUGGUGAUGGAGGCAAUCUUGAAGGAUUGUCUACCAUAAUGACUGAGCCUCAGCCUAAGUACUCUGCCUUCAGAGACGCGAGCUUCGGACAUGCUAUAUCCUCAAUAAAGAACAGGACGCACACUUACUAUGGUUGGCACAGGAACCAGGAUGGCUGCGCUGUGGAUGGGGACACCAUGUGGUUCUUUAAUAGAUUUUGGCAUCCCAUUGAUGACUCUCCUGAUGAUGAUUCUUGAUGAGAACAUUAGUAUCUUAUUUGUAUGCAUCAAUUUUAUUGUACAUGUCCUUGUUCUAGAUCAAACAGCGAAAGUGUAGCAAAGAAUUAGAUCAAUAGACAAAUGCAGAAACUACAGAUUUUUUGAUAUAACUGUUUGGGUGUACCUAUUCUGGUUUAGAGAUUAUUAUGACUCAGAUUUUGUAUAUACAUAUUUUAAAUAUAAAAAAUUAAGAUCUUA